UGCGAAAGUGUUGUUGUUGUUGUUGUUGUUGGUGGUGGUGGUGGUGGUGGUAGUGAAUCUUCAACAAUAUAAUGACGGAAAACGACUAACAAACAAAAUAAUUAUAUUCCCCCUCUUCCCCCCAUCAUAUACAUACAUACAUACAUACAUACACAUAUACAUACAGUUCCUCGGUGUCUCUCCAUAAAUAGAAAAAAUAAUAACAAUAGGGAAAGAAGGACGAUGAGAAGGAGGAAGAAUAUGAUCAUGAUGACGAUAAGGAGAAGAAGGAAGAGGAGGAGGAGGAGGAGGAAGAAGGAAGAAGUGGAAAGGAAGGAAGGCAGUUGAAAAGAAAAAGAAAUCAAGAGGAAGAAAAAAAAGAAAGAAAGAGAAGGGGAGGAGAAAGAGAAUAAAGAAAAUGAAGCAGAAAAUAAAAUAGAAAACACGAAGAAAAGGAGGAGAAAGAAAGAUAGAAAAUGAAGCGCAAAAGAAAAAAAAAUGAAAAAGAGGAUGAGAAAGAGAAGGAGAAAGAAAAAAGGAAGAACAUGAGGCAAAAAAAAAAAAAAGAUGUAAAAAGAAGAGAAGGAAGAGAAGGACGAAGAGGAGGCAGAACAAAAUGAAAAAGAUGUAACAUACGAGAGACCUAGGUAGCGAGAAACAGGAAUAGGAAAAAGAAGGAAAAACAAACCAAUCCAAAAACCAAAUAGUCAUGAUCUAAAACACCACCACCACCACCAUGGCCGAGAACAUCACCACCGCCGCCCCAGUCCUCAACACCACCACGCCCCACGCUCUGACCCUGGCGGAGAAGAUCACAGAGGAAGGGAUAAGACUGGACGUGACAGUGUGGCUCGUCAUCUGUUGCAUCUUCACCUUCUUCUUCAUCAUCAUCGUCGCUUCCAUUUGUAUGCACUGGAUGGAGCUACGAAGGUUCGGCAUCCGGGGUGAGUUCGUGUUGCUGCCCCCGGGUCCUGUGCCUGGGUGCGUCACGGUGGUCAGCUCCAGCCAGCCACACACCCGCCUCAUCGACCACUACCACCUCCAAGCCUGCUACGGCCCCUCCACCAGGUGUGACGAGGACAGCCAAGUCAGCCGCUGCUUCUCCUUCCCAACCCUUACCAGACAGCCUAAGGACACCCUCCCGAGAAGCAGGUAACAACAACAACAACAACAACAACAACAACAACAGCAACAACAACAAUGCUACACCUCCACUUUCCUUCUUUCCUUCUCUUCCUUCUCCUUUUCCUCCUUCCAUGUAUCCUUUCCCUCGCUCCUUUCCUCUCUUCCGAUUUUAUUUCUCUCUAUCCCUUUGUUCUCCUCCACCUCUUCCUCUUCCUUCCUUCCCUUCCUUCUCCUUCUCCCUUUCCUCUCAUCCUCUCUCGUUCAUUUCCUCUCUUUCUUCCUUUCUCCUCUUCCUUCCUUCAUCUCCCCAUUUCUUUUCCCAUCCCUCCUAUCGCCCUUAGCAGAAGAGGGCAAGCAGCAGAGGGUGGGAGAAAGACAACUGCUGAGAGAUGGAUAGCAGGAAGGAAAGCAGGUAACGACUCCAGCUAGCCAAAAAGAGGUCGUCCAGCCUGUUAUGACGUCAGCAAGCCUUCCGUGACGUCACUAAUGUAAUGACGUCACUUUUCUCGGGUUGCAAGGGAUGGGAUUUACAGAAGCAUUCAAUUUUAGCCCCUUGAUAGCGAUGCCAAUAGAGAGAGUGAGAAAAAAAGUCCAAUAUGUAGUAGAGGAGGUGAUUUUUUUUAUUGUAUGGAGUGUGAUGAGUCUUGGAAAAUGCAAAAAAUAAAAGACAAUAAGGAGAAAAAAGUGAUGUAUGAGAGUUUUUUUCUUUUUGAUGUGAUCUUUUGAAAAUGUGAAAAGAGAACGAUAAAAGAAGAAAAAUGAAUAUGUAAAAAGAAGUGAAAUUAUUGAAGUGUAGAAUGUAACGAUCUUUGGAAAACGUAAAAAAAAAAGAAUAGAAAAAGGGAAGAAAAAUUGCAAUAAGUAGUAAAGGAGGUGAAAAGUUUUAAUUGUGGAAUGUAAUAAUCUUUUGAAUAUGUAAAAAAUAAAAAAUAAAAAUAAAAGAAAAAUGCAUUAUAUAAAGGGGUGAAAAUUUAUAAGUGUGGAAUGUAAUUAUCUUUUGAAUAUGUAAAAAAGAAAGAAAGAUAAAAAGGAGAAAAAUGCAUUAUAUAAAGGGGGUGAAAAUUUCUAAGUGUGGAAUGUAAUGAUCUUUUGAAUAUGUAAAAA